AAUUCUUAAAACAUCAAUAGCGUACAUGUGGUCUUAGAGCAUGUUUGCUAUUCCAAUUUACGUGUAAAAGAUAAUUUGCGUACUUUGAACCAGUGAUACUACAUAUCGCCUAUCGCGAGCAGUGUAGCUGUGAGUGUCAACACGUGUAAAAAAUGGAUAACGAUAUUGAAACUAAGCCUGAAAAAGACCCGCAGACGAGUGACGUUCUAUCAGAAACUGAUGAAAACAACGUAUCUGUGGAUAUGGUUAAAACAAAAAAUGCCGAAUCUAACAACCUAGUGAUUUCAGACAUUAAUCAUUGUUGUGAAGUGUUACCAGUUGAAGACGAGCAGCCCACAAUUCAAACGUCCGUUAAGAGUCCAGAUAAAAAUGGUGAUUUGGCUAAGAAAACUGAAAAAAAAAAAUAUAAACAGGCUAUAGCUGAACAUGAAAAAAUGUGGUUAACAACAAAAGAAGCUAGUGCUAUAAGUGCUGAAGAAGUAAUUUCUAGAUUAAGAGUUAGUUUUAGGGUUGGGUUAUCUUGGAAAGAAUCAGAGUUUAGAAGACAAAUUGUGGGUUUAAACGAAUUCUCUGUUCAUCAAGGAGACUCAUUGUAUAUCAAGUAUAUUGAACAAUUUAGGAAUCCAUUGAUACUACUCUUAUUAUCUUCUGCAUUAGUGAGCGUGUUUAUGAAACAAUAUGAUGAUGCUUUCAGUAUUACAACGGCCAUAAUAAUUGUGGUAACAGUUGCAUUUAUACAAGAAUAUAGGUCUGAAAAGUCACUAGUAGAAUUAACAAAACUAGUUCCACCAACUUGUCGAUGUCUACGAGAACAACAGUUGGAAUCAAUGUAUGCAAAAUCUUUAGUGCCUGGAGACAUUGUUUACUUAAGCACAGGUGAUAGGGUACCUGCAGAUAUAAGACUAUUUGAAGCCAUAGAUUUAGCUGUUGAUGAGAGUAGUUUUACUGGGGAAACUGAACCGUGUAUGAAAAUUACUGAUUUGAUUUUAAAUCCCAUGAGUCAUACAUCAAUGAAAAAUAUUGCAUUUAUGGGUACUUUAGUUCGCUGUGGAAAUGGAAAAGGUGUGGUAGUAAAUACAGGUGAAAAAUCAGAAUUUGGGGAACUUUUUAAAAUGAUGCAGAGUGAAGAAGCACCGAAAACCCCUUUACAAAAUAGUAUGGACAUAUUAGGUACUCAGUUAUCCAUGUAUUCAUUUUUUAUUAUUGGUCUAAUUAUGGUACUUGGAUGGCUACAAGAAAGGCCUAUCUUAGAUAUGUUCACUAUUGGUGUUAGUUUGGCUGUAGCAGCUAUACCAGAAGGCUUACCAAUAGUAGUUACUGUUACUUUAGCUCUUGGUGUUAUGCGUAUGGCAAAUAGAAAAGCAAUUGUUAAAAAAUUACCAACAGUUGAAACACUUGGAUGUGUUAAUGUAAUAUGUUCAGAUAAAACAGGCACUAUUACAAAUAAUGAAAUGACUGUGACUACAAUUAUAACUUCUGAUGGAUAUUAUGCUGAUGUCUCUGGUACUGGUUACAAUGAUCAAGGAGAAGUUCAUAUAUUAAAAUCUUUAUCUUCAGAGGCGACUAAGCAAUCAAUAUACAAUUUAUUAGAAGUUGGGGUUGUGUGUAAUAAUGCAGUCAUUAAUGGUGAUAUAUUACAAGGUCAACCUACUGAAGGAGCUUUAUUAGCAGUUGCUAUGAAAAAUAGAAUGUAUGGAGUCAGUGAUAAAUAUAUAAAAUUACAAGAAUAUCCAUUCAGUUCAGAACAAAAAUUAAUGGCAGUAAAAUGUGUUAGUAAAUAUGAUGAUAUUAAAGAAGAAAUUUAUUUUGUCAAAGGCGCUUUAGAAAAAGUUCUGAAACAAUGUACAAAGUAUGCUAAUGGCAAUGAAAAUGUUUUACUCAAUAGUAAGCGUGAGCAAGAAAUAUUUGCUGAAUCUUAUGAAAUUGGUAGAAAAGGUUUGAGAGUAAUUGCUUUAGCUAGAGGACAUUCUUUACAAGAUUUAGUUUACUUAGGACUAGUUGGAAUUUGUGAUCCUCCAAAACCAUUUGUUCGUGAAUCUAUUGAACAUCUUUUUAAUUGUGGAAUUAAAGUUAAAUUGGUAACUGGAGAUGCUCAAGAAACUGCUGUAGCUAUUGGGAGUAUGAUUGGUUUAGACAUGAUUCAUGGCCAGACUUUAUCAGGUCAGCAAAUUGAUAAUAUGUCUGAUCAUCAGCUUAAAGCAAUGGUUAACAGUGUAUCUGUUUUUUAUCGAGUUACACCAAGGCACAAACUAACAAUAAUAAAAGCAUUGCAAUCAAAUGGAAAUGUAGUUGGAAUGACAGGAGAUGGAGUUAAUGAUAGUGUAGCAUUAAAGAAAGCUGAUAUUGGAAUUGCUAUGGGAAAAAAUGGAACAGAUGUUUGUAAAGAAGCAUCAGAUAUGAUACUUGUUGAUGAUGACUUUCAAACAAUUGUUGCGGCUAUUGAAGAAGGAAAAGGAAUUUUUUUUAAUAUUCGAAAUUUUGUUAGAUUCCAACUAAGUACUAGCAUAGCUGCUUUAUCAUUGAUUGCAUUAGCAACUAUGCUUAGAAUACCAAACCCUUUAAAUGCAAUGCAAAUAUUAUGGAUUAAUAUUAUUAUGGAUGGACCACCUGCUCAAAGUCUUGGUGUUGAACCUGUUGAUAAAGAUGUUGUAAAACAAGGUCCUCGUAAUGUUAAGACACCAAUGAUUACUAAAUCUCUUAUUGUAAAUGUUCUUCUAUCUGCUUCAAUAAUAAUUGUUGGAACAUUAUGGAUUUUCAAACGAGAAAUGAGUGAUAAUAUUAUUUCAAAAAGAGAUACUACAAUGACUUUCACUUGUUUUGUAUUUUUUGAUAUGUUUAAUGCAUUGAGUUGUCGAUCUCAGACAAAAUCAAUUUUUACUGUUGGAUUUUUUUCAAAUAAAAUGUUCCUCAUUGCUGUUACACUUUCUAUAGUUGGUCAAAUGUUGGUAGUCUACUUUCCUCCUCUACAAAAAGUAUUUCAAACUGAAGCACUUACAUUAAAUGAUAUGUUACUCUUGUUGGGAGUGACUUCAAGUGUCUUCAUUGUAUCAGAGAUAAAAAAAUUGUUUGAAAGGCAAUUUCAGAAAAAAUGUUCAAAAAGACCCAGAAAACAAAUGGCAUUUGUAUAAUAUAUUGUCAACUAAAAA